AUGUCGAAAGCGGGUCCCACGAUUCUUGAAAAUGGCGUGCCGGAGUCGAUAGUGCAGCCACCCAAAUUACCGUUGCUUUUGAAAUCAAACACUGAAGUAUACAUAGAUGUGGAUGAAGAUAUUGAAACAUUCGAGCUACAUGAUUUCAGUGAAUUUUUCACAAUUUCGACUGCAUUUGAUAGUAAAGAUGCACUAGUCGAGUGGGCGAUGAAUAUGGCCAUCAGUCAUGGACAUGAGAUUAGGCGACAGUCUUACCACGAAGGCCGACAGUAUUUAACUUGCAAAAGAGCCUAUAAGAGUCGAGGAAAAAAUGCAGAGGUCGAAACAAGCCGGAAGUCCGGUUCAAUAAAGUGUAAAUGCCCUUUUGCGCUAUGGGGUAAAGAGGGUCGUGAUGGAUUAUGGCGCCUUACCAUCAAAAAUGGCAAGCACAAUCAUAAUCCUCAUAAAUAUCCACAAGGACUACGUUCGCUAAGUCGCCUGACUGAAGAGCAACGAGAAGUGACAAAGAUACUGAAAAAGAGUCAUGUGAAGCCGAAGGAAAUUUUGCAUCAUCUGAGGCAGAUGAAUCCGGAUACGGCUGCGUCCUUGAGAGAAGUGUACAAUGAAUCACAGAAAAUUAGACGAGAGGAAAUGAAAGGAAAAACAGUUAUACAACAUCUGUGGCACGAACUAAGUGAGAGUGGAUACAGCAAAUGGCAUCGAACAAAUCCAGCUGGUGAUACAGUGCAAGACGUUAUGUUUGCGCACCCUGAUUCAAUAAAGCUUUUGCAGUUAUUUCCAUACGUCAUCCUGAUGGAUUGCACGUACAAGACUAACAGAUAUGAAAUGCCUCUUUUGGAGAUCAUUGGGGUUACUCCCGUGGGAAGGAACUUCACUAUUGCCGUUGCUUUUAUGUCACGUGAAGAUGGGGACACUUAUGCAUGGACAUUGCGAUGUUUGCGAGACAUAUUACCAAUCGGGAUAGAACCAGAAGUGAUACUGACAGAUCGUGAGCUGGGCCUACUGAAAGCAUUGCCAAACGUGUUUCCACAUUCGCAUCACAUGUUAUGUUUAUAUCACAUAAACAGAAACGUUGAGGCAAACGCGUCAAAAUUCUUGGGUAACACCAAGUUGGGUGUACUGUUCCGGAGGACGGUGUGGGCAAAGUUAGUCGAAUCUGAGACUGAGGAAGAAUACGAAUGCAACUAUAGAGAGAUAGUUAGUUUGUACGGGCAAUAUCCGAAGCUGCUAACUUACAUCAAUGAAACGUGGUUGAUUUAUAAGGAGAGAUUUGUUAAGUGUUGGACCAACAACAUCGUUCAUUUCGGUAACACGACGACUAACAGAGUAGAGAGUGCACAUCGUGCAUCGAAGCGUUGGAUCCAAACAUCGACUGGAGCUAUGGAUACAGUUCAAAAUGCACUAGAUGCGCAAGUUCACCUUCAAAUUAAUGAAUUGAAGGUGGAAAAUGAAAGCAGUAGAACAGUCAGGCUGUACAGUACUUCACUGUCGUGUUUCGGUGCUUUGGUAUGUAACGUAUCACACAAAGCACUGGACCUGUUGGAUAAAGAGUACGAAAAAUUGGAAAAUAAUCCGGAUAGUUGCAACUUUACAUCCAUUCUGGAGAACGUUGGUUGUCGAGCCAAAGUCGAAUCCAUGGGAGGACGAGGAGGAACCGUUUGA